CGUUUUUCUUUCCUCUUUCCCUUUCACUUUUCUUACAUACUUUACUUUACAUCUUCUCUCUAUAUAUUCCGUUCCUUCACAAACAAUGACCAAGUAGCUAGCCUCAUCAGUCAUCAGCAGUUCAGCGCUCAAGUCUUUUUUAAUUUGCUUCUACACUCCAUCUAUGGCUAGCUCAUCAACAAUCAAUCUUGAAGCUUUCACUUGGGAAUACGAUGUUUUCCUGAGCUUUAGAGGUGAGGACACACGUAAAAAUUUUACCGAUCAUCUUUAUUUUGCAUUAUGUCAAAACAGAAUUCGCACAUUCAGAGAUGAGGAGGAGCUCAAAAAGGGUGAAUAUCUAGCGCCCGAGCUCACGAGAGCAAUCCAAAGCUCUAGAAUCUCUAUGAUAGUCUUUUCAAAAGACUAUGCCUCGUCUAGGUGGUGUCUUGACGAAUUAGAGCAAAUCGUUGAGUGCAAGGAGACCAGAAAACAGAUAAUUUUUCCUAUUUUUUACGACGUUGACCCUUCUGAAGUGCGUAAGCAAAGUGGGAAUUAUGGUUUGGCUUUGGCAAAACAUGAAGAACGUUUUGAGGGAAGCAAUAAGGUACACAAAUGGAGAUGUGCUCUCACUAAAGUUGCAAAUAUGUCAGGAUGGGAUUUGCAAGGCAUGGCAAAUGGGUAUCAAUCGAAGUUCAUUGAUGGAAUCAUUCAAGAGGUUCUAUUGAUAGUAAGUCAAGUCCCAAUGUUUGUUGAGAAACAUGUAGUUGGACUUGAAUUGCAUGUUAAUCGCUUGGUCAAGCUCAUGUAUGGAACACAUGAUGACAAUAAUGUUCGCAUGAUUGGAAUUUAUGGUAUGGCAGGUAUUGGAAAGACUCUUCUUGCCCAAACUCUAUAUAACAAAUUUUUUGGAUACUUUAAAUGGAGCUGCUUCCUUGAGAUUAGUUCAGGAAUUUCAGAAAUAAAAAGAUUUCAAGAAGAAUUUCUUAGUAAGCUUCUUAGAAGGAAGAUUGAAGUUGGUAGUGAAGGUGAAGGAAAAGCAUUGAUCAAACAUUGGCUUCAAGUAAAAAAAUGCCUCAUUGUCCUCGAUAAUUUAGAACAUUUAAACCAAUUUGAAGCAUUAUGUGGAGAACGAGAUUGGUUUGGUAAAGGAAGUAGACUUAUUUUAACUACAAGAGAUGCACAUGUGUUUAAAGAAUUGAAGGAGGAUGAACAUUAUAAAGUCGGCCCAUUGUGUCAUAACGAUUCUUUGGAACUCUUUAGCCUACAUGCAUUUAGUGGGCGUUUGAAACCAAAAGAAGAUUAUGCUAAGGUUUUAGAUGGCAUAGUGGCUUAUUGUGCGGGACUUCCAUUAGCUCUUAAAGUGUUAGGGGCUUAUCUUUCUGAUAAAUCAAUAGAGGAAUGGAUUAGUGCAUUUGAUAAAUUGAAAGAAAUCCCUAAUAAUGAUGUUCAAGCUAAACUUAAGAUCAGUUAUGAUGGGCUUCCAGAUGAUCGUAUCAAAUCCCUUUUUCUUGAUCUUGUUUGUUUCUCUCGUGAAAUUUCCAAGGAGACUAUUGAUGCCAUGGGGUAUUUCUCAACCAUUGAAAUUCGAAACUUGGUUGACAAAUGCUUGAUAGAUUAUUGUCAAUGGGAUGGGAUUGGUUUGCAUAGCUUAGUACGAGAGAUGGGAAGAGAAAUAAUUCGUUUAGAAUCUCCGGAAAAGCCAUGUGAACGCAGCCGAUUGUGGUGUCCCAAUGAUAUCCAUGAUGUGCUUAUAGGACAAAAGGGUAGUGAAAAGAUUGAGGUGAUUGUAUUCAAUGAUUCUUCCACAAAAGAUAUGAAGUACAAUACAAAAGCAUUUAAGAACAUGGAGAAUUUAAGGUUUCUUCAUAUUGAUGGUGUCUAUAUUGAUGGAAAGUUCAAACAUCUAUCCAAGGUGCUUAAAUAUUUGCGAUGGACUCAAUGUCCUUUGAAAUAUAUUACUAUUCCAUUAAAUUGUUUCUUUGAGAAGCUUGUGAGUCUGGAAAUGGUGGAGAGCAACAUCAAAGAAUUUAAAGCCCCUUUAAAGUAUUUUCCACAUCUCGAGUCUUUGAAUCUCAAUUCAUGUGAACAUCUCACAAGCACUCCGAACUUUAGUGGCGCUCAAAAUCUCCGUAAGCUAACAUUUGUUGGAUGCUAUAAUUUGGUAAAGGUACACUCUUCUAUUGGAGACUUGGGGAGACUACUCUAUUUAGAUUUUAGUUGCUGUGACAAGCUAAAGAAACUUCCAAAUAGCCUUUGUAAGUUGAGUUCAUUACAACAUCUUGUUGCAGCCUAUGCCCUAAAACUAAAAGAAUUGCCUGAAGAUUUUGGAAAUCUAACCUCAUUACAAGAUUUGUAUCUAUUCCAUACCAAUAUCCCUCGUUUGCCCUCCAACCUAUCUCAUUUGUUUAGGCUUGAAAGCAUUUGUUUGAAUUAUUGCGAAAGCCUAGAAAUCAUCCAAGAGCUUCCUCCCAAUAUUAGGGAUAUUGAGUUACGUAAUUGCAAGAAUCUAAAGACCAUCUCACAACUUCCUCCCAAUCUUGAGUCAAUUACUUUGUUAUGUUGCAACAAUUUAAAAAUGCUCCCCAAGCUUCCUCAUAAACUUAGAGAUCUUGAUGCUAAAAAUUGUGAGUCCAUGGAAAUAGUACCAAAUUUAUCAAAUUGUACGGAGUUGAAAAAGUUAUAUCUCAGUGGUUGCAGCAGGUUGCAAGAAAUUCAAGGUUGGGAGAAUCUUCAUUUACGUCAAAUGCAGUUAAUACGUGUUCCCCAUAUCAAUUAUUUCUCAGAAAGCAUUAAGAAGGUUUUAAUAGGUUCCAAGCCAGAUUCCUAUUUUGAAUGCAUUGUUACUACUAAUGAACUUCCGAGAUGGAUGACAUGUAAGGAAGAAGGAUCAUCAAUAUCUUUUCAAUGGCCAUUACACAACAUGGAGAGGGGAUUUGUUGGAUUCUUUUUUUGGAUAGUGUGGGAAGCUCAUUCACUCCCGCCAGGACUUACUCGUCAUUAUUACUUCACAAUUGAAACUAGUGGUUUCAAAACCCUUUGGUUCAGUAAAUAUAACUUCAUAGCAGAAGUGGGAGAAUUUUCUACUUUAAAUUUGAUUCCAUGGAGUGAUCCUAAAUUUGAUGGGCUUGAAGAUAUAAAAGUUGGAGAAGUCAUCAAAGUUACUCCUAAAGCUAUAACAGACAUUCAAGAAUAUGCAGAAGUCAUGAAAAUAGGAGUUGAAGCUUUGUACACUGAUAGAGAUGGCUUCUUACAAUUUGCACCCAUCACUAAAGUUGGGUAGGGUUAAUUGGCGAACCUGACUGUACAUUUAGUGGCUAGGGAGUAAGUUUUUUUUUGUCAAGUUGGAAGGAAUGGUUGGUUCGACCUCCUCCUUUCUUGUUUAAUGCCUUGUAUGCUGAUUUGAAUUAAUGAUAAUCCUUUUCCCUUCAAAAAAAAUGAGACCUAA